GUUACUGGUGUGGUUUCUAGAGGAGGUCAGGCUGCUGCAAGGUAUUACUGUGCACUCUGUUCAGCUUGAGCCCUGUGGGUUGGCAGGUUGUGAAGACGUGCUGUGAGUGUGGUUGCAGCUGUCAUGGCUGCUAGGUUCGUCAUGACAAGAAUAUUGCUGGUUUGCUUGUUAAGCGAAGUGAACUACUCCUUAGCUUUUCCAAGAGGUGCAAGUUUUCUGCAUCCCAAAUCCUGGCAGAGUGGAGGAGGGGAGUCACAAGAAUUACUCGGCUAUGGGAAUCGUCGCCUGAUUCAGUCCGUCGAGUCUCUGAGGGUGUCCCCUAGAAGCUGGCGGCCAAAUAUUCCUCACGAUCAGGUCAAUGCUGAAGGGCAAUCUACUCCGGUGAGGUUUUUAGGAGCGCCACGCAGUGCCCGGAUACAAAAUCAACAACUCUCUGAUGUUGGCUCAAGAUGGCAGCAAGCAAUGUCUCCACAUAUUCAGCCCAGAGGCUUUGACAUCAGUCUGGAGAUUCCUGUAAAAGAAUCUCAUAAGGCAUUUCUACAUGAACCAACAGAUUUUAAAGUCCAGUCCAGUUUCAACAUGCCUGGCCGUCCUGGAAGGAAAUCUGAACAGAACCUUUUCAAGCCAAGCUUUGAGUUUGGUUUAUCUCUUCCAAUUUCACGUGAUCUUCCAAAGAACUCAGAUUCUGCUAUUCUUCUAAACUAUCGCGUGGAGCCACCAAAACAAACACCAGUUAAAUUCCUGGUUGAACAAUCGGCUGCUGUAUCGCCAGUCAAACAGGUGGUUAAAGACCUAAUUAAAGAAAAACAACAGGCUAUAAAAUACUUUCCACCUACUGUACCAAAACAAACACAGCCAGUUCAGGACCCAGUUGUAAAGAAACUCAGCUAUGGAAAACAAGUAUCCCCACCUCAGAUGCAACAAUAUCCACAAUAUGGCUACCUACCCUCUGACUACUAUGAGUAUCGCAGUCCCCCAGUCGAUCAAAAUUAUGGCCAAAGUCAAAUGGGCUCAUCAGGAACUGGACAGAUGUAUAGCUACCCUUGGUCUGAUUAUUUUCAGAAAUUGAUUUCGCCGUACUUCACUUCCAGGCCGGCAAAAGAAAUGCACCCAACUGUAUAUUGGUGAGGAUGAUGACUUCUCUAAGAAGGACUACAGCAGCCUAUAAACGGCUAACUCCUACACCAGUAACCAUCCAUGUCAAGAAAGCAAGUAUGCCAGUCCUUCAGGAAGUUCAUCUCAAACUGCUCAGCCUGUUCCCGUGUCAAACUUGAAUAUUCCAAAUGUGACUGCUCCUGGGCGGCAUUUAGUUGAUCCCUUUAAAUGUUGCCAUUUCUCUGCAGCCAGCUAGUUUGUUUGCCAGGCCAGUCCACUCUAGGCCACAGGCAUCCCUGCACCAAAUCUGCAACCCUUUAUCCAACAAGGCCAUUAAUAAUAGUAAUGUUGUGAUUCUGGUCUAAAAGGUCCCUGGACUUGGACUACUCGAAGAUUUAUCAAAUCCCACUGGUUUACCCAAUUCAACAGGGAGUCUUGCUUUGUUCGAUAGCCCAGUUGACUUGAAAUUUAUCAUCAGUGUUACAUAGUUGCAGGGAAUUGUGUUGGACCAGGAUCUGGGUUAUAUCUGGAGCAAAGGUGGUCCCUGAAAGAGCAAUCUGAAGUGGAACAGAGUGCAGGCCAAGCAGGUUGAACUGAAGUGUUGCAUUGAAGAUCUACUGUCCAUAUGUCUCCAUUAAAUUGUCAAAACCUCUUAUCCUGUUUUUGAAUGAGUAUUCUCAAAACUUCCACAAAUGUUUUGGAAGGAUUAAUAAAGACCACUGCUAAAACGCA